UGAGCGGGUAACUCCGGGAUCUGAGCAGAGGGAAAGUCAUCUAAGAGGCUGCUGUUCCACAAGGUCUGGGCAUAGAGCUGCCCCUCCCUUCCUCCCUGAAGUUUGCAUGAAGCGCACGUUAGGCUGUAAUUAGGGGAUCUGGGAGGAGAACUUUCCUGGUGACGCUGCUUUGCUUUUCUUCUGCUCUUGGUGAGAAAGUGCCUCCUUCUUCCCAGGAGCAGGACCUCUGCCAUCCAGCGCCACAAAGAGACAUUCUGCGCGGCACACGCACACACACACACACACUCACACACGCACACACACUUGCCCAGAGACAAACUUAAGGUGAGGGGAAAGAGCGCUGGCUUCACUUGAUCUCCAGGCUCCAACUUCAGCAGGACUUGAGAGCAUCUGAACUUCUGGAUUUUAGGACAAGUGAAGAAGAUUAUUCGGGCUACAAAGAUGAAGAGUCUACUUCUUCUGGUGCUGAUUUCAAUCUGCUGGGCUGAUCAUCAUUCAAACAACUAUACUGUAGAUCAUGACAGAGUUAUUCAUAUCCAAGCAGAAAAUGGCCCCCGUCUACUGGUGGAAGCAGAACAAGCCAAGGUGUUCUCACGUAGAGGUGGCAAUGUUACACUGCCAUGUAAAUUUUACCGAGACCCUACAGCAUUUGGCUCAGGAACCCACAAAAUCCGGAUUAAGUGGACCAAGCUAACUUCAGAUUACCUCAAGGAAGUGGAUGUCUUUGUUUCCAUGGGAUACCACAAGAAAACCUAUGGAGGCUACCACGGUAGAGUGUUUCUGAAAGGAGGCAGCGAUAAUGAUGCUUCUCUGGUGAUCACAGACCUUACUCUAGAGGAUUAUGGGAGAUAUAAGUGUGAGGUGAUUGAAGGAUUAGAAGAUGAUACUGCUGUGGUAGCAUUAGAUUUACAAGGUGUAGUGUUCCCUUAUUUUCCAAGAUUGGGGCGCUACAAUCUCAAUUUUCAUGAGGCACAGCAGGCUUGUCUGGACCAGGAUGCUGUGAUUGCCUCCUUUGAUCAGCUGUAUGAUGCCUGGCGGAGUGGGCUGGACUGGUGCAACGCUGGCUGGCUCAGUGAUGGGUCUGUGCAAUAUCCCAUCACAAAACCCAGAGAACCCUGUGGAGGCCAGAACACAGUGCCUGGCGUCAGGAACUACGGGUUUUGGGACAAAGAUAAAAGCAGAUAUGAUGUCUUCUGUUUUACAUCCAAUUUCAAUGGCCGAUUUUACUACCUGAUCCACCCCACCAAGCUGACCUACGACGAAGCGGUGCAGGCUUGUCUCAAUGAUGGUGCUCAGAUUGCUAAAGUGGGCCAGAUAUUCGCUGCCUGGAAACUUCUGGGAUAUGACCGUUGCGAUGCAGGCUGGUUGGCGGACGGCAGUGUCCGCUACCCCAUCUCUAGGCCAAGAAGGCGCUGCAGUCCUAGCGAGGCUGCGGUGCGCUUCGUGGGUUUCCCAGAUAAAAAGCAUAAGCUGUAUGGUGUCUACUGCUUCAGAGCAUACAACUGAGCGUGACCCUAAAGCACGUCAGUUUGAAAGUCAUUAAGAACAUGUGAAAUGAAAGGUUGUUUUUUUUUUUUCCAAUAUGAACUCAUGCAAGUUACCAAAACUGUGAUAACCCUUUUUUACUUACUGUAAAAAGUCAUUUUCAUAAAGACCAAUUCAUUAAUUUGUUUUUGUAAAGCUAUUAUCAUUCAAUAUAUAUUAUAAAUUAAUAUAAUUUUAAGGGAAGCACUACAUAUGGAGGUUUUACAGCCAAACUGUUUAGGCUACAUCAUCCCAAUGAAGUAUCCUUUCAUGAUCGGGGCAUGCAAUAGCUUGAGGAUUGCUAGGAUUAAACUAAGGAAAGUAAAGCUACUCAGAGCAGCAGCUGCCACAAGCACAAAUUUUACACGUUUGUACAAUUUUGAAAUGCACUACAAUAAACAGAUUAGAGACAACAGAUUUGAAAUAUAGGCUUCUUUACAUAAACUGAGGUUCUGAGAGGUUGCACAACACUUAGUUUCACAAGGGAACAAUCUACACUUUUCUAAAAUAUUUCAAAGCUCCAAUAGUCAGACUAUUUUACUCUUUAAAAUCCUGCCUUUCUGACCAAAAAAAAAAAAAAAAAAGCAGAUGGACUCCAAUGUAUGACAAGCACAGUUAAAACCCCUUAAGACCCCCAUUUGUAUGAAGUAUGAAACUAAGAUAAGCAGAUCAUAUUUAACCAAUGAGAGAUUCCUACCUUCUUCUAAUUAAAAUUAUACAUGCCUGAGAAGAACUGUUUUCUUUUGAGUAGCUUUACUGAAUUAUAUUUAAAUUCUAAGGGCCGUUUGCUAAGCAGCAUUUAGCAUCUACUCAGGGCAGUUAUAUAGAUAAACUGCUGGACAGAAAAAUUGUAAAAUUUAGCAGCUUGAUUUUAUGUUAGCCUAUGAAGUGAUAUUGUCCUAUAAAAUUAACUUUAAAAUAUUUAAUAUUUCCUUCUUAUUUACAUGACAUGACAAAAAUUUAAAUCAUAGAAGGAAUAAAUAACUAUACUUGCCUAACCAAGAAAUAAGAACCCAACUUUCAGAAUUCUUAUUAUUCCUAUUUGUAUAUAGACUAGGAAGUCCAACUGGUGCCUGUGUUUGGGUAAAAAAGUCAACAAAGUAGUUUUAACCUUUCUCCAUAUAGAAAAUGUGAACAGUGAUGGAUGUCACUUUCUUGCUGAUCAUCAUUAGGCGUAAAUGAAAUGCUGAAGCUGUCAAAGAGUUUACACUUAAAUCUUCAGGGCUUUAUAUGAAAGGGUAAGACCAGCUUCAAAAAACAACUUUCCCCAUUAGCAGCUCCAAUCUUAAAUAAAGCUCGGUUUUCCUAUAUUUUUAUGAGUGUUGAAACCCCACAGGGACCAAUAUUUGUAUUCAAAUUACAUUUCAUGGUUUCCCAUUGUUUCACAAUGAGUUCUAAUAAAUGGGAUUUAGUAUAAUAAUCCAAGUAUGACAUAGCUGAUAUGCUUUCAUGAAUGUUUUUAUGUAGAUUUUCCUCCCAUGAACAUGAGUAAAUAAAUCUGUUUCCUGAAUUGAUUGUGGUUGCCUUCAAAGCUCUGUAAUAAUUCUAAUAAAUUUACUCUAUAAAUGUA